CCAAUCUAGCGAAGCGGUUUCGCCGCGCUGAGCUCGGUGAACCAGAUUCUCCCGACCCCGAUGCGCCUGCGGAAGAGCAGGAGGCUCAUUCCACGGGAUCCCCUGAAAGCACAAAAGCAAAUGAUGGGGCGAACGAGGCAGGCCCGUCUUCUUCGAGGAAGCGUAAAAGGUAGGAUGAUGAUUCAGGGUCUGAAGAUGACGAUUCGGGGGGACCCGGGGAAUCUCCAGAUCCAGUGGAAAUCGUUUACGAAGGGGAUGCACAAGGGUACAACUGGGAGGGGGAUUAGGUUGGCCGCCAACUUCGCCUGCCUUUCUAUCUGAGUUCUUCCCUCUUGAUGCUUUCGAACGACUCCUAAAUUUCACAAAAUCCUUUUUUUUCUUUCUUAUUUGAAAUCCAAAUCGAAAUGCCUCAACUUGAUAAAUUAACUUAUUUCUCACAAUUCUUCUGGUUAUGUCUUCUCCUCUUUACUUUUUAUAUUCUCUUAUUUAAUAAUAAUAAUGGAAUACUUGGAAUUAGUAGAAUUCUCAAACUACGGAACCAACUGCUUUCGCACCGGGGGGGCGAGAUCCGGAGCAAGGACCCUAAGAAUCUGGAAGAUAUCUCGAGAAAAGGUUUUAGCACCGGUCUCUCAUAUAUGUACUCCAGUUUAUCCGAAGUAUCCCAAUGGUGUAAGACCGUCGACUAUUUGGGAAAAAGGAGGAAAAUCACUCUGAUCUCUGAUUUCGGAGAAAUAAGUGGCUCACGAGGAAUGGAGAGACAGAUUCUCUAUUUGAUCUCGAAGUCCUCAUAUAACACUUCUUCCAGUCGGAUCACUUGUUGGAAAAACAUAAUGCUCACACAUGUUCCACACGGGCAAGGAAGCAUAAUAUCAUGAAAGCCGUCUGAUAAUCUUUCUAUAGGUUCCCCGAAGAGAAUGGUCUCAUCACAAAAACACUUUCUAUAUGUUCUGUUAUUUCGAGAUUCGAAGAAGCAAGCAAGUUUUUCAUAUAGUUGUUUUUGUGUAGUGAUCUCUGUUCAUGGAGAUCACGAGGCCACUGAUACCCGAAGUGGUUAGGUGGGAUAGAAGAGAGGGAAAGCGGGCUUCUAUCACAUA